UAUGUAAACCCCCCGCCCCUCUUCUCCACCGGAAAAAGAAAAAGCUCCAUAUUCCCUUCUCUUCCUCACCCAACACAAAUACAAGAUUCAAAUUCAAUUCGAAAUUGAUUAAUUCUGUGAUGAAUAUCUGCACAGAAGCUGAUUGGCAAUCAGACAUGGCAGUUCUGGAGUCUGUAAGUCGUUACUUACUGGGUCAUCCACAUUCUCCGGCGACCCUUUCCGGCGAAAAUCCGGCAGUUAACAGCUUAUUCCCUUGCUGGACGGAGAACUGGGGAGAUUUGCCACUGAAGGAGAACGAUCCCGAUGAUAUGUUGGUUUUUGGCGCUCUCAAUGAGGCGGUGAACGUCGGUUGGCUUCCGUCGACCACGGCGGUUACUGACGCCGCUUCUGUGAAGUUGGAGCAGCCGGAGAUUGCGACGGAAAUGGGCAAGUUGCAGGAAAGGGUUGUUUAUCCGGCGGCGGCGGUGCCGGAGAGGGCGAAGCACUACAGGGGAGUGAGGCGGCGGCCGUGGGGGAAGUUUGCGGCGGAGAUUAGGGAUCCGGCGAAGAAUGGGGCCCGCGUUUGGCUUGGGACGUUUGAGACGGCGGAGGACGCCGCCUUGGCGUAUGAUAAGGCGGCUUACCGCAUGCGCGGCUCACGUGCUCUGCUCAAUUUCCCGCUCCGGAUCAACUCGGGCGAGCCCGACCCGGUUAGGGUUACCUCAAAGAGGUCGUCGUCGGAGCAGUCUUCGUCGUCCGAGGUGAAUGGGUCGCCGAAGAGGCGGAAGAAGGCGGCGGCGGCGGCCACGGCGGAGCAGGUGGUGGUGGUGGUACGGCCAAAAAUCGAAACGGAGAGUGGAUCGGACGGAUGCAGUAGAAGUUUGGUCGAAACAACGUGGCAAACAACGAGUGGGUAAUGAUGUGGGUGAUUGCACAAUCUGUAGUCGUGAAUAGGAAGAGAAACAGGAAAAAUGGAAGAGAAAUAUACAUAUUUGUCAUUAUUAUUUUGUAAACAUUUUGGUGAAUAAAUAAUAUAUUUUGAAUUUGAGAUCAUCA